AUGUCGUGUUGUUCUAUUCGGUGGUGUGGAAAAAACAGCAAGACAUCGAAUUAUAAAACAGACGGAAUCACGUUUCAUCGGUUUCCUAAGGAUCCGAAUCUUAAAGAACAAUGGAUAGAUUGUGCAAAGAGGGAAAACUGGUUUCCAAGUAAUUAUAGUGUCAUUUGCUCCAGACAUUUUACAGAAGAUUGUUUUUAUACAUCAAAAAGUCGCCGCCGCUUGUUUGAUACCGCAAUUCCUACACUAAAUUUGCCUGUAGUGAGUAACAUAUUAGUUCCAGAAGAUACAAGUCCGAUACCAUCAUCGUCUUCUCAAAAGGACUCGAUAUCAACUACACCAAGGGGAAGUAAACGAAAAGCUACCGAACCUGAAACUCCUUCAAAUUUUCACUCUCCGACCAAAAAACGUCUUUGCAGACGUGUUUUGCAGUUAACAAGUCAAGUUAAGCAUAAAAAUAAAACAAUUAAGGUAUUAAGGGACAAAGUCCGUUACUAUAAAAAAAGAGUGGCAUCUUUAAAAGUUAUAAUAAAGGAAUUAGAAAAGAAAAAUCUCAUUAAAGCCGAAGACGCAGAUAUUUUAAAAAAAAUUGGUGUACUUAAUCAAGAAAUCGUUCAUCGUCAGUAUCUGAAAUGUAAAACGGGAAAAAUUAUUAAAAAGAAAUAUUCGCCUGAAUUGAGAACUUUCGCUCUCACAUUGAAUUUUUAUUCAUCAAAAGCUUACAAAUAUGUAAGAAAUACCUUCAAUACUUGUUUACCUUCCAUGCGAACACUAACAAAAUGGUACCAGACUGUGGACGGUAGGCCGGGUUUCACAACAGAGGCUUUCAACGCCUUAAAAGCCAGAGCAGAAACAUCAAAAGAAGAGUUGAUGUAUACCCUUGUAUUCGAUGAGAUGAAAAUAAAAAGCAAGGUAGAAUAUGAACCAUCAACUCAACGUUCAUUCGGCUACGUGGAUUUUGGUAAUCAACUGGAAACUGACUGCAAUAAUGAAUGCACAGAAGCACUAGUGCUUUUAGUAGUCCCAUUCAACGGAAGUUUCAAAGUACCAAUUGGUUACUUUCUAGUCGAUAAAACCAGUGGAGAACAAAAAGCUAACCUGGUAAAUAUUGCUCUUGAGCUGUGCCAUGAAAACAAAAUUACUGUCAAAGCAUUGACCUUCGACGGCUGUCCAGCAAACUUGGCAAUGGCAAAGCAACUAGGAUGCAAAUUACAAAAAGAGCAGCUAAAGACGAGCUUUAAACAUCCUGUGACGAGUGCUAAUGUUUUCGUAUUUUUGGAUCCCGUGCAUAUGCUCAAAUUGGUCAGAAAUACUUUUGAAAAAUAUCAAGAAUUUCAAGAUGAGAACGGCAACACUAUACGAUGGGAUUACCUAAAAUUAUUACAGGAGCUCCAAGAAAAAGAGAAUUUUCACCUUGCCAAUAAGUUACGCGCUGAACACAUUUAUUUUAAAACGAAUAUAAUGAAAGUAAAAUUAGCUACACAAUUGUUCAGUCGCAGCGUAGCUACAGCAUUAGAUUUUUGCGAAGUAGAGUUAAAAUUGACAGACUUUCAAGGAGUUGAUGCGACAUCCAGAAUGAUCCUACUCAUAAACGAUCUAUUUGAUAUUUUAGAUUCCAGAGUUCACGGGUAUGGAUACAAACGGGCUUUGAAUUUUGAUAAUCAUACUAGAAUCUUUGAUAGACUAGAGGAAUGCAAAAGGUUUUUGGUGACUGUCACUACAAAAAUAAUAAUACGAAAGAAGACGCAACAAGUAAAAUUGAUAGAAUCACCACGGUUUACUGGAUUUCUAGGUUUCUUUGUUGCAAUCGAAAGUACUAAAGGUUUAUUUAAGGAUUUAAUUUGUGAUGAAAAUUGUCCUAUAAGAUACUUACCUAUGCACAAAAUUUCACAGGAUCACAUAGAACUCUUUUUUGCUAAUAUGAGAUCACAUGGUGGUUCAAAUGACAAUCCUACACCCCGCUUAUUCGAAGCCAUUUACAAGAAAUGCUUAAUUCAUACAGAAUUAUUACAAACAUCGACGGGUAACUGCAUACCGUUAGAGAAGAUAUCAAUUCUUAAUUGUUCUUCGGCAAUCACAAGAAUAAACUUGACCACUCACAGCGAAACUGAGCAGAAUGUUAAUGAUGAUGAUCAUGAAAACGAAGAAGAAUUUAAUAUUCGGAUGGAAGCUGUCGAGCUUUCACAGUUUUCUGAGAAUGUGAUAGAAUACAUAGCAGGGUAUGUGUCUAGCGCACUAAUUAAACGUAUUAAAUGCGUCACUUGCGUGCAAGCAUUAGUAUGCUUGUCAGAAAAUAAGAGAAGUUUAAUUUUUUACAGAGAUAAGGGGGGCUUAAUAUAUCCAUCAGUUAACGUGCAAAAAAUUUGCCGCCGUUCGGAGCAAUUCAUAAAAAAAUUUUUCAUUGAGAGUGUAGACAUAGUACGACGAUGUACAAGUGACUUCUUAGUUCACAAAACAAUGAGCAGUUUUGUAGGAGAAAAACUAUUUCCCGAAUAUGACUACCACCAAAAUUACACAGAAGAGACAAACCAUAUAACUGAUUUAGCUCAAAGUAUCAUAAAAAAAUAUGUAGAUACGAGACUAACAUUCCUCAGCAAAAGAAAGAAAUAUAACGAGAAACAAGCAGUGAGAAGAAUUUAUACUAAAUUAAUUCACUUUAAAAACCAGUAA